UCUCCACCGACUCUCUGACCUGUGGUCGUUCCUGCUCUGACGUCACUAACUGCCACUCAGGUCUGGCGGAAAGAAGUUUCACUUUCUUAGUGGGAUUCAGAAACGGUUGAUUCCUAGAAAGCCGAGACGUGAAGAAAGAAGCUCUGCCCUGGAGGAGACCAAAGAACCGUCGUACCAGCUGUUAGGUCAAUACUUCCACAGGAAGAGGUUUCUGACUCUGUGAUUGGUCUCUCUGUGAUCCUGAAGGGACUCUCUCUGCGUGUUGAAAAAUCUGAACCAUGUGGACCGGUGAAGGAGAGGUUCAGGUGAAAGCCCGGAUGGAGACCACCCCUGCCAUGGGCGUCCCUAGUAUCUCUCUUUCCCAGAAGCAGACCCCUAAAAAGUUUGGCCCUGUGGUGGCCCCGAAGCCCCAGUUCAACCCCUACAAGACGGGAGACCCCAUUGACCUUGCUGGAGGGAACUACCCCCCUCCUCCUCCACCUGUUGACGACGGAGGCCUCCCAUCCCUCAUGUCCGCCCCCCCCCCUCCAUCCAUGGACAGAGAAUACCAGAUGUGCAGGCCACAGAAGACCCUAGAGGAGAGGCGGUCCAGUCUGGAUGCUGAGAUUGACUCUCUGACCUCUAUCCUAGCUGACCUGGAGAGUAACUCACCUUACAAGCCCCGCAAUGCACAGAACUCUGAAACACUUCCGUCGGUGACCAGUCCCAAUGCUCCGGUCACCGGCUACAAGCGUAUGGUCAUCCCGACUCAGCCUCCUCUGACGGCCACUAAGAAGUCCGGGGCCCCAGGUGGAACACUGCCCCGUUCCCAGGUGGAGCACUGCCCCUCCUCUGCCUCCCCAGUGGCCGGGCCUCAGUUCCAUACGGUGCCCCAGCCAGUCCCAGCCACCUACGCCACAGCCUCCACCCCCAGCCAGCCCACCUUCAACGUACAGGUGAGGUCUGCCCAACCCGCCGCCCAGCACCAGUCCCCAGGACCCCCCCAGCAGUUUGCCCAGCAGCCGAUUCAGAGCCCAGCCCAGGUCCAGUACAUGUCUGCUCAGCCACGAGGCCCUGACUCGGCCUACGGGCCCCCUCAGCCACGAGGCCCUGACUCGGCCUACGGGCCCCCUCAGCCACGAGGCCCUGACUCGGCCUACGGGCCCCUUCAGCCACGAGGCCCUGACUCGGCCUACGGGCCCCCUCAGCCACGAGGCCCUGACUCGGCCUACGGGCCCCCUCAGCCACGAGGCCCUGACUCGGCCUACGGGCCCCCUCAGCCACGAGGCCCGGACUCGGCCUACGGGCCCCUUCAGCCACGAGGCCCUGACUCGCCACGAGGCCCUGACUCGGCCUACGGGCCCCCUCAGCCUCGAGGCCCUGACUCGGCCUACGGGCCCCCUCAGCCACGAGGCCCUGACUCGGCCUACGGGCCCCCUCAGCCACGAGGCCCUGACUCGGCCUACGGGCCCCCUCAGCCACGAGGCCCUGACUCGGCCUACGGGCCCCCUCAGCCACGAGGCCCUGACUCGGCCUACGGGCCCCCUCAGCCACGAGGCCCUGACUCGGCCUACGGGCCCCCUCAGCCACGAGGCCCUGACUCGGCCUACGGGCCCCCUCAGCCACGAGGCCCUGACUCGGCCUACGGGCCCCCUCAGCCACGAGGCCCUGACUCGGCCUACGGGCCCCCUCAGCCUCGAGGCCCUGACUCGGCCUACGGGCCCCCUCAGCCGCGAGGCCCUGACUCGGCCUACGGGCCCCCUCAGCCAGGCUUCGCCCCUCAGCCAGGCUCUGCACCACAAGGGUACCCAGAACAGGCCUACCCUGGACCAGGAGGAGAACCAGGAAACACCUGGAGACCCCAGCCUAGCUAUACUGCUGCUCCUACCCAGCAGGGCUUCCCACAACCUGUCCCUAAGAAGACCUACAUCACUGACCCUCCUGCCAGCCUGGUGCCUCCUGUACACCUCGCCCCACAGAAGGCUCCCAGCGGUGCCAGGCCUGAGGAAGAACUGGAGCGCCUCACCAAGAAGAUGCUGCAUGACAUGGAAAACCCUCCGGCCGAGGAGUACUUUGGGCGGUGUGCCAGCUGUGGGGAUAAUGUGGUGGGUGAGGGGACCGGCUGUACCGCCAUAGACCAGGUCUUCCACGUGGACUGCUUCAUCUGCAUGACCUGCAGUGGCAGGCUGCGCGGUAAACCCUUCUACGCCGUGGAGAAGAAGGCCUACUGCGAGACCUGCUACAUCAACACCCUGGAGUCCUGUAACAUCUGCAGUAAACCCGUCAUGGACCGUGUCCUUCGGGCUACAGGGAAGGCCUACCACCCACACUGCUUCACCUGUGUGGUGUGUCAACGCAGCCUGGACGGCAUCCCCUUCACUGUGGACGCUGCCAACCACAUCCACUGCAUCCACGACUUCCACAAGAAGUUUGCCCCUCGUUGCAGUGUGUGUUCUGAGCCCAUCAUGCCAGCUCCAGGCCAGGAAGAGACUGUUCGUAUCGUGGCCUUGGAUCGAGACUUCCACGUGCAGUGUUACCGCUGUGAGGACUGUGGUUCUCUGCUGUCUGAAGGGGACAACCAGGGCUGUUACCCCCUGGACGGACAUGUCCUCUGUAAGAGCUGUAACACCAGCCGUAUCCAGGCCCUCACCGCCAAGACUACCACUGACCUCUGAACCCCAGAUACCCUGCUACCCCGCCAAGGCUACCACUGACCUCUGAACCCCAGAUACCCUGCUACACCGCCAAGGCUACCACUGACCUCUGAACCCAAAAUACCCUGCUGUUCCCGCUAUCUGCUCCCAUAGCCCUCCCUGGCUGGCUGCAGCACGCAAACGCACGCACGCACACACACACACACACACACACACACACACACACACACACACACACACACACACACACACACACACACACACACACACAGAGAGAGACAGACACACAGAGACACACACAAACACAUAAGGGGACAUACACACAUUCAGAUACACACCUACAUACACUCACACUAAGCCAGCUUGCACACACACCUAUGAACAUUAUGAAAAAUAUGAAUAUUAUGAAAUUGCUAAACAAGGCAUAAACAACGAUUGUGAAUUGAUGCUGGUACAAGCAGCACUGAAGAGGCCUGAUGUCUGAGCCUUUACUGUUUUCUCGUUGUUCAUCUCCAAAUGUACAUGUCUCCGUUGAAGUCAUUCAGCAGCAGACACUGUUAUCCAGAGACGAACAGACCAGUGAAAACCUCUUCUUCCAUGGUCUCAGCGUUACUGCUGUUGCCUUGUGCCUUGUAGUUGAUUUGAGUCUCGCUCGACUGGCGGGUCAGUCUGUUUCCUGACUUGACAUCUCAUGUUGUCACCUACAGUUUGCCGAUGUCAAGAUGACCCAGUCGUUCAUUCCGAUGUGCUCCUGAUGACUGUUCUGUUCCUCCUUGGAUGUGGUCCAAGUUGUACCCUAUGGAGGGGUCGUAACGGGCCGAUAGGGCUCUGGCGUACAUGUUUUCCACUAAAUAAGGAAUAGAGUGCUGUUUGGGACUGACUGCCUCGAGCCUGUUUCAACACAGUGUUUAAACCUAGAGUUGAUGUCUGUGCCCCCAGCCAAAAUCAAAUUAACAUAAUUAACAAAUCUGUCUGUUUAAGCUAGAUAUGUUGUUGUUAUUUUUUGGGUUGUAGUUUUUUGGGUUGUAGUUUUUUUGGCCAACAGCUAGACAAACGGAUAGAUUUGUUUAUUAUGUUAAUUUGUUUUUGUUGUUGUUUUGGUUGUAUGCUUCUCAAUCCACCACAUCUACCGACAGCUAGACAAACAGAUACAUUUGUUUAUUAUGUUAAUUUGUUUUUGUUGUUGUUUUGGUUGUAUGCGUCUCAAUCCACCACAUCUACCGACAGCUAGACAAACAGAUACAUUUGUUUAUUAUGUUAAUUUGUUUUUGUUGUUGUUUUGGUUGUAUGCUUCUCAAUCCACCACAUCUACCGACAGCUAGACAAACAGAUACAUUUGUUUAUUAUGUUAAUUUGUUUUUGUUGUUGUUUUGGUUGCAUGCCGAUGUCACCGCACCGCAUGGUGGAAGGUCACAGAGCUACAUGGAGUCUCUCAGACCAGGAGACAUCUGUAGCGUCCGAAUGGUUUGGCGUGCAAAACGAAUAUGACCCUUUAUGGCAAGAUGAGUCUCACGAACACGAUGGUGUUCUCCGAUUGGCUCUACGACCCCCACAAACUUCACAGGACUCGUCCGAUAUACCAACUUCUGCCUAUAGCAUCCAAACACUUUGUUUUGCUGUAUAAAUCUGUUUAAAAUGGGCUAAUAGCAGUAAGGACAAAUUCAAUCAUCAAAUAAUUGUUAGUUAUGAUUUUUUUUAUUAUACUUACAGUGGUCCUAAAAAUUAAAAAUAGCCUAAUGAUCAUUGGUAUGACCAUCUUAAAACAACUCCAAAUGUUAGAAUAGAAGAAGUCCAAGCCCGGGCCCUUAGACCUUAAAGAGACCCAACACAUUGACACCGAAAUUGGACGUCCUGAUGGCAGUUCGCGAUAUUACCAGUUCGCGAUAUUACCAGUUCGCGAUAUUACCAGUUCGCGAUAUUACCAGUUCGCGAUAUUACCAGUUCGCGAUAUUACCAGUUCGCGAUAUUACCAGUUCGCGAUAUUACCAGUUCGCGAUAUUACCAGUUCGCGAUAUUACCAGUUCGCGAUAUUACCAGUUCGCGAUAUUACCAGCAAGGCUUGGGUUUUGAGGCCUUGUGGAAAGGGGUGCUGGAUAGGCGUAAUCCCAUAUCAAUUGAUGUAAGGGGGGGAGGGGGGAUUUAACCCUAUCCCAAACCUUAACCCAAUACCUUAACUAUUUGGAAAAAGUGUUUAAACUUAACCCUUAACUUUGAAAAUGUACGUUUGGAGCAACUCUGAAAUGUGUAUUAUGGAGGAUGUGGUUAAAUGUCUAAUUCUGCAGUGAGACCGUGAGAGCUUGUUGGGAGAAGAGACUGACUGACUGACGACCUGCCUGACUGACUGUCUGACUGACGGCAUGCCUGUCUGACUGAUUGACUGACGACCUGCCUGACUGACUGAUUGACAGACUGACUGACUGACUGACUGACGGCCUGCCUGCCUGACUGACGACCUGCCUGACUGACUGAUUGACAGACUGACUGACUGACUGACUGAUUGACUGACUGACGGCAUGCCUGACUGACUGAUUGACAGACUGACUGACUGACUGACUGACGGUCUGCCUGCCUGACUGACGACCUGCCUGACUGACUGACUGACUGACUGACUGAUUGACUCCUGACUGACUGAUUGACUGACUGACUGUCUGACUUACGGCCUGCCUGCCUGACUGACGACCUGCCUGACUGACUGACUGACUGACUGACUGACUGACUGACUGAUUGACUGACUGACUGAUUGACUGACUGACUGAUUGACUCCUGCCUGACUGAUUGACUGACUGAUUGACUGACUGAUUGACUGACUGACUGACUGACUGGCUGGCUGGCUGACUGACUGACUGACUGAUUGACUGGCUGACUGACUGACUGAUUGACUGACUGACUGAUUGACUGAUUGACUCCUGCCUGACUGAUUGACUGAUUGACUCCUGCCUGACUGAUUGACUGACUGAUUGACUGACUGACUGACUGACUGACUGAUUGACUCCUGCCUGCCUGACUGACUGAUUGACUGUUUAGUAGAGACAAACCUGUUCUAUAUAGCCUGACUGACAGUCUAUCUGUGCUAUCCUGCCAGCUAAUUGUCAGUCAUUGUCGUGCCAAAUAAAGACAGCAAUGGAGUAGGAAAUAACGCCAACAGAUCUGGGACCAGGCUAGAUGAGGCUAUGUGAGAUAUGGGAAACAAAUCUGGGACCAGGCUAGAUGAGGCUAUGUGAGAUAUGGGAAACAAAUCUGGGACCAGGCUAGAUGAGGCUUUGUGAGAUAUGGGAAACAGAUCUGGGACCAGGCUAGAUGAGGCUAUGUGAGAUAUGGGAAACAGAUCUGGGACCAGCCUAGAUGAGGCUUUGUGAGAUAUGGGAAACAGAUCUGGGACCAGGCUAGAUGAGGCUAUGUGAGAUAUGGGAAACAGAUCUGGGACCAGCCUAGAUGAGGCUUUGUGAGAUAUGGGAAACAGAUCUGGGACCAGGCUAGAUGAGGCUAUGUGAGAUAUGGGAAACAGAUCUGGGACAAGGCUAGAUGAGGCUAUGUGAGAUAUGGGAAACAGAUCUGGGACCAGGCUAGAUGAGGCUUUGUGAGAUAUGGGAAACUGUUCUGGGACCAGGCUAGAUGAGGCUAUGUGAGAUAUGGGAAACAGAUCUGGGACCAGGCUAGAUGAGGAUUUGUGAGAUAUGGGAAACAGAUCUGGGACCAGGCUAGAUGAGGCUAUGUGAGAUAUGGGAAACAGAUCUGGGACCAGGCUAGAUGAGGCUUUGUGAGAUAUGGGAAACUGUUCUGGGACCAGGCUAGAUGAGGCUAUGUGAGAUAUGGGAAACAGAUCUGGGACCAGGCUAGAUGAGGAUUUGUGAGAUAUGGGAAACAGAUCUGGGACCAGGCUAGAUGAGGCUAUGUGAGAUAUGGGAAACAGAUCUGGGACCAGGCUAGAUGAGGCUAUGUGAGAUAUGGGAAACAGAUCUGGGACCAGCCUAGAUGAGGCUUUGUGAGAUAUGGGAAACAGAUCUGGGACCAGCCUAGAUGAGGCUUUGUGAGAUAUGGGAAACAGAUCUGGGACCAGGCUAGAUGAGGAUUUGUGAGAUAUGGGAAACAGAUCUGGGACCAGCCUAGAUGAGGCUAUGUGAGAUAUGGGAAACAGAUCUGGGACCAGGCUAGAUGAGAUAUGGUAAACAGAUCUGGGACCAGGCUAGAUGAGGAUUUGUGAGAUAUGGGAAACAGAUCUGGGACCAGGCUAGAUGAGGCUAUGUGAGAUAUGGGAAACAGAUCUGGGACCAGGCUAGAUGAGGAUUUGUGAGAUAUGGGAAACAGAUCUGGGACCAGGCUAGAUGAGGCUAUGUGAGAUAUGGGAAACAGAUCUGGGACCAGGCUAGAUGAGGAUUUGUGAGAUAUGGGAAACAGAUCUGGGACCAGGCUAGAUGAGGCUAUGUGAGAUAUGGGAAACAGAUCUGGGACCAGGCUAGAUGAGGCUUUGUGAGAUAUGGGAAACAGAUCUGGGACCAGGCUAUGUUCAGUGGGAUUUCAAUGUACUCUUUCAACACAGACAGAGGGCCAGCCUCACAGCAAUUAGCUUCUAAAAUAGCAGAAUUAGUAUAGAAACCUUUUAAAAUGCAAGUCGAUAUAAAAAUGUGUAUCUCGCAAAUUUACUCGGUAUAUUUACAGAGCCUUCAGAAAGUGUUCACACCACUUGACUUUUUCCAAAUUGUGUUGUGUUACAGCCUGAUUUUAAAAUUGAAAUGGAAUUAUGUUGUUUUUUUAUGUUUACAAAUUAAUUAAAAAAAUGUAAGCUGAAA